ACCUCGAGGAUGAUUAAACAAUGUUUGUGGAUUGUAUUUUUGUGGAGGGUGGCGUACUCCAGUCCUCAGUGUUCUGUGACUGAAGUAAAGAGUCUGCUAGAGGGUUGUGAGCGGCUUACAGGGUUGAAUAUAACCGCCGUAGGCGGCACCAUAGUUAAUGAUCAUAACUGUGAUGUCCUUCUUCCGAAACAAGUGUUCUUUGAGGAGCCGCUGUUCCAGUACCAGUUGGCUGAUUCGAAAAAGUUCUACACUUUGAUCAUGGUUGACCCAGAUGCUCCACCCCAGAUAGAUGGCGAGUUUUAUCUUCAUAUGGUAAAAUCUAACAUACCGGGCCUGGCAUUGAAAGCUAAAGAGAGUAGCAAAACAGUUGGUAUAGAUUACAGAGGGUACAAGUCGCCAGCGCCACCUCGCGGUUCAGGCCCGCACCGCUACGUCAUCCUACUAUAUGAACAGGCUGACGGCAACAGUUUCCUACCCUCAGUACCUUCGUCACGCCACAGAUUCUCACUCGCCAAGUGGCUCGUCGGUAAAAAUAUCUGUGGACCAGUUGCUGGAAUGGAAUUCAAGACUGAAUACUAGAUGGCGUUAGCUGUCUCGAAUGAGUUUAAUUUCAACUGGACUGACAAGAAAUAUUAUGUUUUCCUUUUGAAUUUAAUAUAAUGUGUUCUUAUAUACGUAUAUUAAACGUAUGAUAAGAAAAUCUAGGCGUAUUCCUAGUGUCUAGAAUAGUGCCUAUAUAAAAUACGCACAAGAUUUUUGUUAUUUAAGGUGUAAUAAAGUAUAUUUUAGUAUCAAUUUAUUUAUAGUUUCCAUGUUUAAAAUGGUAUCAUUUGAAAUCAUAAAUGUAUAUUAGAAACGCUUUGAAAUUAAAAACAAAUGAGUUGCGUGAAUAAAAUUA